AUGGGGGAUAUUCUAGGGCUGGCCAUGUACGAGCAGCCUGCUUACCGCCAGUGUGGCCACGCCGUGGCCACACGCCCAGGGGCCCACUUUGGGGCAGGCUCCGGGAAGAUCGUGCCGGGCGACGUGCAGUGUGCAGGCAGCGCGAGCCAUUUGGGGCAGUGCGUGCGCAGGGGCCAGGCCGGGCACAACUGCGGGCACCUGCAGGGCGCCGGCGUCGGCUGGCUAUGUGGUAGCAUGUACCUUACAGGUGCUGAGUCCACAGCUGCCCCGCCUACAGCCUAUGAGAACCUACUUCCCACGUCACCGGUGACAUCAGUGGCCCGUAACCCACCUGCUUCUACACCUCCGGGAGCCUGGGCCCCCACGCGGCUGUUGGGCAGCCGCGUGGAGCUUUUCCACCAGGGAGUCUGGGGGACGGUGUGGGACGACCUCUGGGACCUGCCGGAAGCAAACACCGUCUGCAGGCAGCUGGGGUGCGGCUGGGUGGGCGAGGCCCACUUUGGGGAAGGUUCUGGAAAGAUCCUCCCUGACGGCGUGCACUGCAGGGGGCAGGUCCAGCACCUGGAGGAGAGCCCCCACGUUGGCUGCUUUGCCCACAGCUGUGGGGCCCGGGCAGAUGCCGGCGUGAUCUGUUCAGGUACCCCCGGCCCUCCACCCCCGUUCCCUCCAUCUCCGAUUCCUCAGACCCAAACCUCCAUUUCAGGAGGAAGUAACUCUUGUGGAGGGGUCAUUUCUAGGCUCUCCGGCUCAUUUUCCAGUCCACUGCAUCCAGGAGACUACUCAGUAGACGUCCAGUGUGUUUGGGAGAUCCACGUGGAUAAAAAAUUCUACAUAGAACUCUUGAUUCCAACUUUGAAGCUGGAAGACAUCCUUGGAUGCCCAUAUGACUCAGCUGAAAUCUCUGACGGCCCCAGGAUUGUGCUGUCCAUGGGCAAAUUCUGUGCCUCAGUAGCUGUGAUGUUUUGCUCCUCCUCCUCCAUCAAUGAGACUGUGGUGUUCCGAAGUGAUUCUGUGAUCACCAACAGUGGCUUUUAUGCUCUGUUCAGUGCAAUUCCGCAGGGCGAAAGAGAGUCAGAUAGAAAGCUUCAAGCAGAAGAUGGACCAGAGCUGCGGCUGGUGGGUGGUUCUGGACGGUGCUCAGGACGCCUGGAGAUCCUCCGAGGAGCCUGGGGCACCGUGUGUGACCACCUAUGGGACCUGAACAAAGCUGAGGUCGUGUGCCGACAGCUGGGGUGUGGAAGGGACGUCGCUGCCCCUGGAAAGGCCCACUUCGGCCUGGGCUCUGGAGACAUCCUCCUGGACACCACUCAGUGUUCGGGAAGUGAGAGCCAUCUUGGCCAGUACCCCAGCUCUGGCUGGUCAGACCACAAUUGUGGUCACCAUGAGGAUGCUGGCGUCAUCUGCUCAGGUACCUCUCCUCCUGCAGAAGGAAGCCACUUUUGGGGGGGAGUCAUUUCAAGUCUGUCGGGCUCCUUCUCCAGUCCUUGGUAUCCAACAAACUACCCCAGUGACGUGGAGUGUGUCUGGGUGAUACGCCUGGCUGAGGAGUUCCACGUAGAGCUGACAAUCCCCAGCCUCAAGUAA